AUGGCCGAAUUCGUUGAUAAAACAAAUAUCUCUGUUAUAAACCCUUUGCCUGCAGUGAUCCCUCCUACUACAAGACUCAAUUUCAUCAAGAAUUGGUGGCAUCGAUCUGAAAAAACAUCCAGUAUUGCAGAAGCUCGCAUCAUCAAACGUAUCUACGGUGCCUUGCCUGAUGUUAAACCAAGCAUCCCCAUCUAUGCCCGUGUGGGCCGUAUUUCUAUUGACUCUGAAAAUAUCUUUUCCUCCAAACUGGCCAGACAAAUCAAUACGUUGUACAUUUCGCAGCAACCGUCUCAAGCAAAACCCUUUGAAUUCGAAUCAGAGCCCAAGCAAGAUCUGAUAAAUGACAUCAAGAAUGAGUCAAGCAAUCACAACCUGGUCAUGUGUCAUGGAUACGGUGCUGGAUUGGGAUUUUUUUACAGAAAUUUUGAAAGCUUAUCGCAAGAAAAGGGCUGGAGAGUGUUUGCCUUGGAUUGGCUCGGUAUGGCUCGCUCGUCAAGACCAAAAUGGACCUUGACAAAGUCUUCAACACAAACAUGGGACGAUAUCGUCACGAAUGUGGAGGAGCACUUUGUAGAGUCGUUGGAGGAUUGGAGAGCAAAGGUUGGACUAGAGAAAAUGACACUGUUUGGUCAUUCACUGGGAGGAUAUUUUGCCACUUGCUAUGCAUUGAAAUAUCCAGAGCGUGUGGAGAAGCUGAUCUUGGUUUCCCCCGCUGGAAUCCCAGAGAACGCAGUGGAGCAACAAAAGAUGGUCAAUGAUAAGAACCCUCAAGAAACGUUAGAAAAGCAAGCAUCAGAGAUUGGAGCAUCUUAUCAAGCUGAAGCAGAAGUGGCAGAAAAUAUCGCGAAUCAACAAGAACAUCGCAACCAACAAGUGCAGAAGCAGCCUGAGGGAGGCAGAAGAAAGAUACCAGCAUGGGCCACCUAUCUUUGGGAUCGUAAUGUUACACCUAUGUCGAUUAUCCGCAUGAUUGGGCCUUUCGGACCAAGCUUAGUCCACACCUAUACUUCUAGACGAUUUGCUCACUUGACAGAGGGAGAACAACAUGAUCUUUAUGACUACUUAUACAACAUUACAGCGUCUACUGGAUCUGGCGAAUUUGCAUUAGCGGCUAUUUUGUCUCCUGGUGCUUAUGCUCGCAGGCCACUCUUCCACAGAUUAUCCGAAUUGAAGAUGCCAACAGUAUUUAUCUACGGUGAGCAAGACUGGAUGGAUUACAGAGCAGCUGAAAAAGCCAAAGAAAACAUGAAGGUAGACACCAAAGUCUUUAGAGUGCCAAACGGUGGACAUCAUAUGUAUUUAGAGAAUCCUGAAGCGUUUAAUAAAAUUGUUAGAGAGGAAAUGCAAUUUUAA